UGACGUUUAUUUUGGCGGGAAAUCCGUAAUCAGCAUAACAGUUGUUGAAGCGGUUAAAAUCAAAACCAGGACGGAUUGCGGCAACUGUUGUCCACAUCAGCUAGAGAUCAUGGGCCGCGACCAGGAGGACUCCAUGAUAAGCGAUCUUUUGGCGAAGAAUCCGUGCCGAAGCGGGGAAUUGGAUCUCAACUGGCCAGUUGAAAGAAUCAUAAAGUACGUUGCCGGCAGCUCGCAACUGGCCGGGCUGGAGGAACUCUGCAAGUCCGACUUGGAGGCGAGUAAACUACGCGAAUUCGGCAACCAUUUCUAUCGGCUACGGAAUCUGGUGGAAGCCACGUUCUGCUACAACCAGGCCAUUUGUCACGCACCGCCCGAUUCGGAACAGCUGGGCAUGGGAUAUGCCAAUCGAUCGGCGAUUUGUUUCGAGAUGCGCGACUACGAGAUGGCCCUAUUCAACAUCCAGAUGGCUAAGAAGCACAACUAUCCGGACAAGUUGAUGGCGAAACUGCUGGAACGCGAACGCAACUGUAGGCAGCGCAUUGCAGAUGGUCACUCCAAGGGCACGGUUCCGAAUCCGCGGAUGGGAUUUAACGUGGACAUUAAUCCGCGCAUCCCCUUCUUGGCCAAAGGGAUCGCGAUGGGCUAUGAUCCGAGGUUUGGUAGGGGACUGGUCGCCGAGAAGGACUUCAACGCGGGGGACUUGAUUUUGGACGAGACGAGUGAACUUUUUGCCCAUGACUUCAAUUUGUGCUUCAAGCAUUGCAGCCAAUGCAGUGCUAAUGUAUGCCAAAUUUUGAUUCCAUGCCGGACGUGCGUCCUGUUCAUGUACUGCAGCGAGGAGUGUCGCGAGCUUCAUUGGAAGUUGUUCCAUCGAUUUGAGUGUGGAGUUGUGACCAAGCUGUGCUGUGUUUCUGGCACUGGGGAUAUAAUCACGCCAAGAUUCUUUUUCUAUGGAUUGACACAGUUUGGAGACGAUCUUCAGGCAAUGAUGGAGUACUGUGAGAAAGAAGUCAGCACUCAGUCCAAUCCUUUGGAGUUGGAUUUCGCAAAUCUGGACCGAAUGGAAUGGUUCAGGGUGUUGCAUAAUACCCAUCCUCGGGGUCUGGAUUCAUCACCGGGUGGCAAAAGGGCGGUCGCAUCCUAUUUCGUGGUCUUCCUGAUGAACCCCGUGGUCAAGUCGAUCAUACGCACCGAAUCUCACCGACAGUUCUUCCUGCGGUCUCUGUUGAGAUACAGUAGUAUGAUUCAUCCGUUAGCUACGACUUUUUUCACCAGUGAUGGUCACAUGUUUGCUGCAGUUCUUCCAAUUGGUAGUCUUUUGAACCAUUCCUGCGAUCCACACGCGAUUCAGAGCUUAAAUUACGGUCGCCGGAAGGUGAUACUGGUUCGACCCGUCCGGAAGGGUGAACAAAUCUUUGUGAGCUAUGGCCCAAUAUGGUGGAGGCAUAUCCCCGGAGCUGUAUUGCCAUUCAAGUGUCGGUGCGUCGUUUGUGACCAGCCAGAUCGAGAAUGGCACUCGCUGAAAGGACGACCGAUUCCUCCGAAGGCAGUAAAGGAUAUGCUAGUUUUGAAGGAGAUUUACGAGAAAGCUGACGUCCAUCCUGCCACAAAAUUGAUCGCACUGCAGCAGUUUAUGAAGCGAUACGCACGUCACCAUCCUAACGAGGCGUUUCUUGGGAAUUUUUUGAAGGUUUACUGCAGCUUUCUGGAAAUGGCUUGCGAAACGGAAGGGCAGAGGCUGGUGCGUGCAAGACUGCAGGCCGAAUUAGUUUGAGGUUCGAGUUUGAACGAACGCUGCACAUCGAUUUCUUACUUUUAUUUUUUCCCUCAAGUAAAUGAACUUGUUACUCGACGUGACAAACAAUAAAUAACACUAGAUUUAAUUCAAAUGCGUUUUUUUA